AUGUUCAUAUGGAAAACGUCCGUUGACCCAGUCAGUCCGAGGCCGGAGUUGGAAGUGUGCUUUCUUCAUCGCUUCUCUCAUUCUCCCAUGAAGUCCCUACGAAAGUCCCUCAAUAAUGGGAACAGAGAGUCCUCCUCUCGCCCAAAAAUAUCUACGCCUCUACCACUCCCUCCCGUAUCAAAACCACCCUCCGCCAUCCUACCCCCUCAAAAGGUCAUUCGCGCUCUCGAAAACUACAAAUCUCAGGCGCCCCAGGAGCUCUCCUUCAACAAGGGCGACUUUUUCUAUGUGAUCAAAGAUCAGAAUCCUUCGGGUGCUUGGUAUGACGCCCACAAUCCUUCAAGCGGUGCACGAGGGCUCGUGCCCAGGUCUAAGUUUGAGGAAUUCGGCAAGGGUGCUGCACCAAAUCGCACCUCCCAAGCCGGCUUCACAAACCCGACAUCUCCUGCUAGAUCGGACCCUCCACUGCCCAAAACGCAGGUAUACUAUGCCAUCGUCCUCCAUGACUUCAUGGCCGAACGAGCGGAUGAACUCGAAGCCAAACGCGGAGACGCCAUCACCGUCGUCGCUCAAUCGAACCGCGAAUGGUUUGUCGCCAAACCCAUCGGUCGCCUUGGUCGACCUGGCCUCAUCCCAGUUUCCUUCGUCGAGAUCCACGACCCGGCUACAGGUAAGGCCAUUGCCGAUGUAGAGGGGCUAAUGGACCGUGGAGAUCUGCCUAAAGUUGAAGACUGGAAGCGCGCAAUGCUCACCUACAAACAGAACAGUAUCGCCCUUGGUGUCAUUGAUACCCCCGCAAAAAGCCCGGUGUCCAAUAGCCAUUACAUGCAGCAAUCGCAGCAAUUCCCCCCUGUACAGCAAAACCCACCACCGAAAGCGAAUCCUGUUCCCAAUGAGAUGCCCGAUGCUCUUCCGGAGGGUAUUCUUCUAUCUGCGGAGGUCGUCUCUUUCCAUUACGAGAUGGACGAAUAUUGGUUCCGAAUCGACGCCGUUUACCAACCAUAUGCCGGCCCCGGCCAAGCAUUACCACCCUCGAAACAGCUCAUCCUUUUCCGCGUAUACAACGAUUUUUACGACUUUCAGGUUUCACUGCUCGAAACAUUCCCUCGUGAAGCUGGCCGACAGCCACCUGAGCCCAGAACCCUUCCUUACAUGCCUGGGCCUGCUGAAGACGUCGACGAUGCACUGACAGCCACUAGAAGGGUCGAACUAGACGAUUAUAUCCAUAAUCUCUGCAAUUUGAGCAAAACAGGGGGAAGGUACAUCUUGGAACAUAUGAUCGUCCGCAGAUUCUUGGCGCUCAAACCCGGUGAUGUUGAAAAUGAGGGAGAUCCUCGCGUGCGGGAGAUUGACGAGUUCUUCCGCCACGAUGAUGGGUACGGAGACGACGACUACGGUGUGCAAGAGCAAAUGGGUCGCAUGAAUAUCCGCGACCAGCAUAGCGAUGCAUCUGACUAUGAAGACGAGGGAUAUGCACCGUCCCCCCAACGCAAAGCGCAGGAGAAGGACCGACAUCCAUAUGCUCAAGGGAACCAACGAUACGCAGACGACCAUCUUCGCCUCCAAGCUCACGCUCAGAACCAUCAACGAACGGGCUCCACAUCUUCCUUCAACAACCCAUCCUCUUCCUCGUACGGGUCACGUUCAAACUCACCGCACAACAGAGAACGUAACGGUUCUCCCCAGCCUGUGCGGAAUGGGCAAGGCCAAUCACGGUGGAACGACAACGUUUACCAGCAACAUACCUCAUCACCCUCGACAGAUUCCUUCCGAACAUCGCAAGCCAUGUCAUCUCGGUCUCGCUCGCACUCAACAGCGACCACGACCAACUUAAACACACCGCCUAUCUCAGCCGCCAACCCACAGACCGCAUUUGUGAAAAUCAAGAUCUUUGAUAGAGUCGCUGAUGACCUUAUUGCGAUCCGGGUGCAUCCCAAGGUGACACACAGCGAGCUGAUGGAGAAGGUCCAGGCACGGUUGGGUGGCGAAGUGGGCCAUCUGAGGUACCGCGAUAGCAUGACGAACACCUUUGUGGGACUCGACUCUGACGAGGAGUUGAGGGCGUGGAUGGAAGCGACGGAUAAACAUGUGUUGUAUGCUGAUUGA